CUUAAAGACAAGCAGAGGAAGAAGAAGAACAAGAACGCCCAUUUUGCUCACAGUAUCCGCAUAGAGAAGUGCACAAGUAUCAACAGACAGAAGAGGACAAAGAGCUGCAAUGGACGGUGAUGUUGCGGUUGGUGUGAAGAGAGGCUCAGAUGAGCUCAACAUGUACGGUAGCAGCCCCAACUCUAUGACUGCAAACGGCAGUGACAGUAAAAAACAGCGCCUGGAGGAAUCACCUCCCUCCAGAGUCCUCCACAUCAGAAAACUUCCCAAUGAGGUGUCUGAGACUGAAGUCAUUGCUCUGGGGUUGCCCUUUGGAAAAGUCACCAACAUACUGAUGCUGAAGGGGAAAAACCAGGCUUUUCUUGAGUUGGGCACAGAGGAAGCUGCUGUAACUAUGGUGAACUACUACACAGCUGUCACACCACAGGUCAGAAAUACUCCAGUCUUCAUUCAGUAUUCCAACCAUAAGGAACUGAAAACAGACUCUGCUCUGAACCAGAGGGCUCAGGCAGUACUGCAGGCAGUGUCAGCGGUUCAGGAUGGAAGCUCUCCAUCCUCUGACCCAGGAGUUUUGGACCUAACUCCACCCCCCAGCCCCGUGCUGCGAAUUAUCAUUGACAACAUGUUUUAUCCUGUCACGCUAGAUGUUCUACAACAGAUCUUCAGUAAGUUUGGAACCGUAAUGAAGAUUAUAACGUUCACCAAGAACAACCAGUUUCAGGCUCUUCUGCAGUUCAGUGACCCCGUCAAUGCACAGCAAGCUAAACUGUCUUUAGAUGGACAGAACAUCUAUAACUCAUGCUGUACUCUGCGGAUAGACUUCAGUAAACUGGUCAACGUUAACGUCAAAUACAACAAUGAUAAGAGCCGGGAUUACACCAGGCCUGAUCUUCCUACAGGAGAUGGAGAGUCAACCAACAAGGAUCAUUCAUUACUGGGUACCCCGUCUGGAGCGCUAGCUUCCUACUCUAGUGGAGGAGGUUACUCAUCUUCUCUCUCCCUCUCGCAGGGUGGAGGAGCCAUUAGUCCUCUGAGUGCAGCGGCAGCGGCAGCAGCAGCUGCAGGUCGAGUUGCUCUGUCAGGAUCCGGAGUGUCUGGGGUUCUGUUGGCAUCCAACCUAAAUGAAGAGAUGGUCACGCCUCAAAGUCUCUUUACCCUCUUCGGGGUCUAUGGUGAUGUGCAGAGGGUGAAGAUCCUCUACAACAAAAAGGACAGCGCUCUGAUUCAGCUGUCAGAUGGCAACCAGGCGCAGCUGGCCAUGAGUCACCUGAAUGGUCAGAAGGUGUUUGGUAAAGUGAUGAGAGUGACACUGUCGAAGCAUCAGACUGUGGCUCUGCCCAGAGAAGGACUGGAUGACCAACUACUAACUAAAGAUUUUUCUGGCUCGCCGCUCCAUCGCUUUAAGAAGCCAGGAUCGAAAAACUUCCAGAACAUCUUUCCUCCCUCAGCAACACUUCACCUCUCCAACAUUCGGGAUGGAGUGGGCGAGGAUGACCUGCGACUUCUGUUCUCCAACAGUGGAGGAACUGUCAAGGCCUUCAAGUUCUUCCAGGACCGUAAGAUGGCCUUGAUCCAGAUGUCAUCAGUGGAGGAAGGAAUCCAAGCUCUGAUGGAUCUUCACAACUAUGACAUGGGAGGAAAUCAUCAUCUGAAAGUCUCCUUUUCAAAGUCUACCAUCUAACCUAAAUCCUACACAUUUAGAUCUGUGACACGCCAACAGGUCCCGAGCAGUGGUUCUCUUUUUGAAAAUUUACUUGGAAUAGUUUUGAGUGAAAAUAUUGAGAAAAUUUCACUACAGUAUAUUUUCUCAACCAGUAGAAGCAGUGCUCAGUCUCAGCCCAGAGGCAGCCCUGCAACAUCUUAAAGAGCAACUAAACACCAGCUGAAUAUGUUUUGUUUACCAGGAUGUGCCAGUACACCAUGACAUCACUGUUGGGUGUGCUUACAGGUGAAAAAGACUUGAACUCUGAUCUGGUGUUGAGAUCCUCUUUAAGCAGUAAUUUAAAGUGCAAACUGUGGUUUUAGUUUGUGGUGACCUGCCUGUUUGGCAGAGUUGACCUCCCUGAAUUUAUUGUUGAGAUCUGAGUCAUUUCUCUCCGCAUUGUAUUGCUUCUUGAGCCGCCUGCUCUUCAGCAAAUAUCAGUUUUAACAUCCAACUUGCGCAGUUCUGAAAGGCAUUCACAUCCUCUCUGAUCCUCGUUCUUUUCCUGAUAUUUUAAGAUGUUUUCUGCACUGCUCUGUUUCUGGCAUACGCAUCCGAGUCUCACCCAGUGCAUUGGUGAAGUGUGACAUGUUCAAGAAAGGGUGGCGUCACUGAAUGCGAUGUAAAUAUGACCAGUAUUACAUUAGAACCACUCGAUUCUCACUUUAAAUGUAGUUUAAACACCAGAUGUAACAACAGUUUUUAAUGCUUAACACAUGAAUCAGAGUGCGGCGGUUUCAGCAUUAUUAUUUUAUGCACACUUUCUUGCUGGUUAUCCCAUGUCUGAACAAUCAUUUUGCUGCAUUUAAUCAAUAUUAGUAAAUCUGUUGUACCCUUUUUCUGUAUGAUUUUAGAAGGUUUUGUGGGAAUGACAGUCAUCAUUUAAAGCUAACAACGCUUGUUGUGGACAGUUCUGCCCCUGAAAUGUCCUUCACAGCACAACACAGAAUGUAUUGACAUCCACUCAGUGUAAUAAUAUGAAGGAUGCAAAGGAUGCUUCCUGUUUGAAUCCCAUCGCAGUCAUUGGAAAACCAGCUGUGAGUGGGUGCCCACACACAGACACACACAUAGGAUGUUUGCUAAUGCUGCCUGUUUAGACAAGGUUUCAACAUGUUAUUGUGGUCUGGGUCUCUGCUUCUUAGAGAACCCAUCAAGACCUAAGUACAUGUGCCUUUAGUCUGAUUUUGCUGUUUAUCUUUUGUGUUUUUAAACCUGCAAUUUUAUUGGUAGUGAUUGCCAAUCUUGUGCUGUAAACCUAUGCUUAAAAAAAGGAAGCGUUUUUUGUUUAAUUUUAAAAAGAAGCAGACCUUGUCUUUUCAGUCCUCCUUGUGUGACAGUCUGAGGUUAUUUAUCAAAGCGAGAUGCACAAAAAUUGUCACAGUUUCACCUAAAGUUGGUUUUAUUUUUACUCUCGCCUCUCGAUCUUAUUUCCAGCUGCAGAGUUUAUUUUUAGACCGUUUCUAGAUGAUUCUUGUCAAUUUUCUACUUGAGUUCAGUUUCUUUUGUGAUAAGAUUUCAGAUUAGCACAAAUUAAACACGUCUUUUCUACCAACCAGCUCAAGUAAAAUUGUGUUUGUGUAUGUCUGGGCAGUUUCAGGCCUCUGCUCUCAUCUGUACCUUAUCUGUAAUAAACGUCUCUCACUCUGUUCA